UUAUACAAUUUUGUAAAUAAGUGAUUUUUCACCUUCACUGAUGUGCGCUAAUGAGGCUGCAGUGAUGGGCACUGAUAGGCUGCACUGAUGGACACUGAUAGGUGGCACUGAUUGGCAGCACAGAUAGGUGGCACUGAUUGGCAUUGAUAGGUGGCACUGACUGGCACUGAUGGGUGACAUUGAAAGGCAGCUCAGAUGGGCACUGAUAUGUGGCAUUGAUGUGCACUGGUAUGCACUGAUAUGUGGCAUUGAUGGGCACUGGCACGUGGCACUGAUGGGCACUGGCACUGAUGAGCACUGACAGGUGGCACUUCUGGGGCCACACUGA